CACAAGGAGGAGGAGGAGAAGAAGAAGAGCAGGAACCGUUAGCUUUUGUUCAUUUAAUAGAAGACUGCACACGGUUCUGGUUUUUGGAACAUUUGAACAUUUGAUAGUAAAAUGUCUUCGGUUGAGCCUCAUAGAGAAAUGAUCAACGAGCCUUUGACUCCAGAUGAGGAAACAUCAUCUGAUUUUAAAGAAGUUAUAAAAUCCGAGGAGGAGGUCAUUGGCCAUAGCAGACUGCUGGAUUUUAGCCGCCGGACACCCCUGGUCAUUUUACAGCGAUUAGAUCUUUCACAAUAUUGUGUGUAUAAGGAUGAGGAGGAGGAUCCCCUUGGGUUCAGCCACCAAACAGAGAACUCCAUUAAAUUUAAAGAAGAACCAGAACCUCUGCAGAUAAAACAAGAACAAGAGGAAGUAGAAUAUCGACAGAUCAAACAGGAAGACAACCAACUCUGCAUCAGUCAGGAUGAAGAGCAAUUUUUGCUGAAAGAGGAGACAGAAAACAUUUUAAUCAUUUCUAAUGUGAAAAGUAAUUACAAUGAAACAGAACCAAAGAGGAACCAGCUCAUCUGUCAGGCGUCUUCGGACGUCGGGAACCAGGAUCAGGAGGGAAGGAAUUCUGAAGACCAAGAAAAAAUAAGAAAUGAAGCGAAGAAAAAAGAUCAGAGAUGCCAGAAAACAGGACAGCAGAAAGAUCUCACACAAUAUUGUUUGUUUAAAGAGGAGGAUCUCAACCAAGAGGGAACGUCCACUUUAGAUCAAAAGCAAGAAGAACCUGAGCAUUAUCUGGUCAAAGAGGAGGAGAAGGACCUCAGCAUCAGUCCAGAUGAGGAACAGCUAGUGAAGAAACAGGAGACUGAUAACAUUUUGAGGAUUUCUUCCAAUGUUCAAAGAAUCCACAAUGGAUCAGAACCAAACAAGAACCAACUCAACCACUGGGCCUCCCCUAAACUUAAGGACCAGGAUAAAGAGGGAUACAACUCUGAAAACCGAGGAAAAAAGGGAAAUGAGAAGCAAGUCCAAGGUGAUAGAAGCCAGAAAGCCAAACAUCAGGACAGCACUGCUGAAAGUUCAACACACAAAACGCCCAACAAAGCUAACCAAGAUAAAAAGACAUAUUCUUGUCAAUCUUGUGGCAGGAAUUUCUCUAAAAGCAGUCAUCUGAUUAGACACAUGAGAACCCAUACUGCUGAGAAGCCCUUCUCAUGUGCCGCCUGUGGAAAGAGUUACGGCGAUAAAAGCAGCCUAACUUAUCACAUGAGAACUCACACAGGUGAGAAACCCUUUUCAUGUGUGACCUGUGGAAAAAGCUUUAGAAACAGAUCCAAUUUAAGAGUUCACAUGAGAACCCACAUGACUGAGCGGCCUUUCUCAUGCGUCACCUGUGAAAAAAGCUUCACCAAUAGAGGCAGUUUAACACGCCACAUGAAAAGACACACAGAGACUAAGUAUUUCUCUUGUGUGACCUGUGGAGAAAGUUUUUCGAAGAAAAGAAAUUUAACUCUUCACAUUAGAAGUCAUCCAAUUGGGAAACCUUUUGCUUGUGCUAGUUGUGACAAACGCUUCCACCAUAAAAGCCUUUUAACACUUCACCUAAGAAUACACACAGGCGAGAGGCCUUUUACAUGUGGGACGUGUGGGAAAGGUUUUAGAAAAAGAUCCACUUUAACAGUUCACAUAAGAACUCACUCGACUGAAAGGCCCUUCUCAUGCAUGACAUGUGAAAAAAGGUUCGCCAGUAAAGGCAGUUUAACACGUCACAUGAGAAGCCAUAUAAAAGAGAAGCCUUUCUCUUGUGCAACCUGUGGAAAAGGUUUUUGUGAAAAAAGUAGUUUAACUCUUCACAUCAGAAGUCAUACAGGUGAAAAACCUUUCUCAUGUGUUACUUGUGGACAACGUUUCAGUUACAAAUGUCUCUGGACAAUUCACAUGAGAUCUCAUACAGGUGAGAAGCCUUUCUCAUGCGCAACCUGUGGAAAGACUUACAGUGAAAGAAAUAGCUUGAGUUAUCAUAUGAGGACGCACACAGGUGAGAAGCCAUUUACAUGUAAAACUUGUAACAAAAGUUUCAGUCAUAAAAUUCUCUUAAAUCACCACAUGAAAGUCCAUUCAGGUGAGAAGCCUUUUUCAUGUACAAUUUGUGGAAAGACCUACAUUGAAAGAAAUGGUUUAGCUUAUCACAUGAAAACUCACACAGGUGAGAAACCUUUCAAGUGUAUUACAUGUAAGAAAACCUUUAGUCAAAAAGGGGCUUUAGGAGAGCACAUGAGAGUCCACACAGGUGAAAAACCUUUUACCUGUAUUACUUGUAAAAAAACGUUUCGUCAUAGAAGUGUUUUAAGGCGUCACAUGAGGAUUCACACAGGUGAGAAGCCUUUUACAUGCACCACAUGUGGAAGAUGCUUCAGCAACAAAGAAUUCUUAACAAAUCACAUGACCAUUCACACAGGCGAGAAAGCUUUCUCAUGCACAACCUGUGGAAAAAGAUUCUCACGAAGAAGCACUUUAACAGAGCACAUAAAGAUUCAUGGGAGCAGUAAGCUUUUCUCGUGUACAGCAUGUGAAAAAAGAUUCUUAAUUAAAAGCAAUUUAAAACGACACAUGAAAACUCACACAGGCGAGAAGCCUUUCUCAUGUUCUAUCUGUGAAAAAAGGUUCCUAAUUAGAAACGAUUUAAAACGACACAUGAGAACUCACUCAGAGGUUUCUACACCAGGCUGCUUUGAAAAGCAUCCUGGAAAAAAUAUAAUUUAACAAUUUGCAUGGGAACUCCCAUGUAAGAAGGCAUAAUGUGAGCCUAACAUAUCAAGAGUCUUGUUAACUUGAUGUAUAAAAGGUGAAGUAGUUAAAGGAAGAUAAGAUCUUUAAAAUUUUGCUCCUUGCUUAAAAAAGAUUUCAAAUUCUAUGCUGGUGAAGAUUUUCAGUCAUUCUGGUCAUCGUCAUUCCAAAAAAGUAAAAAAAAAAAAUAAAAUCUGUGUGAUCUGGGAACACAUAUGAACGUAACACCAGGCAGUGGUUGGUUGUUGUUAUAUCACAGAGAUAAUAUAAAUUUCAAAUCUUAUGUACUUGAAAAAAAAACAAGCUAAAAAAGGAAUUUGCAUUUUAAUAAUUGCUGUGAAAGUAUGGAA